AUGUGGGUCUACUCUCUUACUCAUGAAAUUGUUCCUUUCAAGAACAAAAAGAAACAGUUGGUGUUUCCUGAACGUGAAUUUCGCUCCGAUCAAAGAAGUGAGGCCCAUUGCCAAGAGUGUGAAGUCCCUGUGUGUAUGGAGUGUGUCAUCGAUUCCCAUAAUGGACACAAGUUGAAAUACAUACCCAACCCAAGAAAGGACAUAGAAAAGGAAAUCCAUGAAUUUGAAUCCUUCAUUACUCUUAUGUUUAAGAUAAAGCUUUCCAAACCAACAGCCAUAUUUGAGGAGAUAGCAAACGAGAUACAGGACCACAUAAAAUCCUGGCACGUUGAAGUAGACACCAUCUUUGACAGAAGAGAAUCAUCUGUCUGUCUCAAAUUACACCAGACCAAGCUAAUUAAACUGACUCCAGAUCUGAUCGAAAAAAUUCAGCGAAACAAAGAAAUCUUAAAGUCCAACAAAGUGUCUGAUAUAACUAACUACAAAUCCAAACUCACUGAAUACAGAAACAUUCAUGCAGACAUAGAUCAGACAAUACCCUCUUUAAAAAUUAACUCAACCCAUGGAAAAGAACUUAUUAUAAAACUAGGAGAAUACAAGGUUACAUUGACACAAACGACGCUUUCACGUCUGAUAGAACUGUCAUUGGACAAACCCAGAGUUAUUGCCACCAUUCCGACUGGAUUUCAAACUUUGUGGAAAGUUCCUUGUAUGGUACCGGGUAAAGCUUGGGUUAGCGGAGAAGACACAAUCAGAAGAUAUGUCGACAUACACGGAUCUUUUUAUGAUACAGUUUCUACCAAAUGUCGAUGUUGGCCAGAUGAUAUCAGAGUGCUCGAACAUGGAGAACCAAUAUAUAGUGAUGAUAACAAUUAA